GAAACACACGGUACUGCCAUAUUGCUGCUGUGGUGGUCAGCAGUUAAACAUUUUUUGUAUUCUUUGCAAAUAAUAGACAGUUCUAUUUUUUAUUUCAAGAAAAAUGCCACGUUGUUUGAUAAAAUCGAUGGUGCGAUACCAAAGAACGGACAGUUCGAACGAAGAGACCGAAUUCUCGUGGUUACCUCCAUCCGCGGAUCUCAAGCGAAAGAAUCAUACAAAAGACGCAACGUCGAAGACGAGCAAUAUUUGGACUUGUUCAGGACUUCCCAUUGUAACUCGGUACAGCUUCCAUAAAGUCAAUAAUGCUACGUUUGACACCGGCUUGAAUACAACGGGUCGAAAUUUUGCAAAUAUUCGUCAGGAUGCGCCGUCGAUCGACAUCGUAAACACGGGGAUUGACUCGGGGAAGGUGUCCGCGAUAUUGCUCGAUGACGCGUCUCGAUCCUCCUCUAAUGCAAAGGAAUCGUUAAGAGCAACGCAGGUGACGGAUCCAGGGAAGCUCAACGGGGUAAUAAAUCAGAAAGUCAUGAUCAACGGCUCCGAAACGCAAACGCUCUCACAGGCUUUGUAUCUGAUGCCAAAGCAAAAGCAGGAACCGAAUCCUGAGAGUAAGGCGGCUGUUAAAGAGAGCGCUCAACCCUGGAAGAGAAAUAAAACAAUGCAUUAUUGUCCGUAUUGUCGCAAAAGCUUCGAUCGACCGUGGGUGUUAAAGGGUCAUUUGCGUCUUCACACAGGCGAGAGACCCUUCGAAUGUCCUGUUUGCCAUAAAUCUUUCGCAGAUCGUUCUAAUUUACGCGCUCAUCAAAGAACACGUAACCACCAUCAAUGGCAAUGGCGCUGUGGUGUCUGCUUUAAAGCUUUCUCGCAAAGACGUUACUUGGAACGUCACUGUCCGGAAGCUUGUCGUAAAUAUCGUAUAUCCCAAAAGAAGGAAUUUCCUUGUUCAUAAAAACAGAUGAAAAUAUCAACUAUAAGAGAUAUAAAGUUGUUCUUAACAAUGUGAUGUAUUACAUAUAAAGUUUUA